UAAUGUUUGGGAUUCCUGUUUGUAUGACCGCAAGGUUUUCUGGGAAGCAGCAAUAAACAACGAGAGUCCGCCAUUACUGUUUAUUCGUUUUGAUCCUAAGGUUUUUCUCAAAUACAUUACAUUUUUUGGCGACGAGGAUUUCGGAAAUGGCAACCUACGGCAAAAUAGACGAAUUCGACAGAGAUUCUGAUUCAUGGGAACAGUAUAUCGAGCGUCUAAACUUCUAUUUAGAAGCAAAUGGAGUAACUACGUCUGACGAUGACUUGAAAAUACGCCGUGCAAUCCUCCUCAGUUCGGUAGGGAAAAAAACCUACAAAUUAAUGUCUGAUCUGCUGGCCCCAGCGAAACCUGGAGAGAAAUCUUAUGCUGACUUGUGCACCUUGGUAAAGAGCCAUUUCAACCCAAAACCGAGUGAAAGCGUGCAACGGCACAAGUUCAAUAACCGUUUCAGAUUGAGCGGGGAGAACGUGUCUGACUUUGUAGCGGCUCUACGAAACAUGGCAGAAUACUGCAAUUUUGGUGGCAGUCUGGAAAAUAUGCUGCGUGAUCGUCUGGUGUCUGGAAUUAACAAUGAAAGAAUCCAAAGGCGUUUGCUAUCAGAAGAGAACUUAACUUUCAAAAAAGCUUACGACAUUGCUUCGUCUAUGGAAACGACCGCACAGCACAUGGCCGAUCUUCAAUCUGCUCCUUCUACGUUAAGUUCAACGUCUGCAUCUGUAAAAAAGGUCAGUUCUUCGCCCUUACCGCGUUCUAAAAGCGAAAAUAAAGAGUGUUAUCGUUGUGGAAAAAAUCACCACCCGUCAAAAUGUCGUUUCAAGGAGGCCACGUGCCAUUAUUGUAAAAAGAAAGGACAUAUUGUUGCCAAAUGUCUCAAAAAAGCAAAAAAGUCGUCCGAGACAACCAAGCCAAAUUCAAACCACCAUCCAAAACAAGGGAAACCAGCAAUUCAUGUCCUGGAUACUGAUAAAGAAAUAGAAGAUGAAGAUAUAUAUCCAUUGUUUGCUGUCAGUCAAGGCAACCGCCAAAAUCCGUAUUUAGUAGAUGUUGAAUUAAAUGGUCUUAAAGUUCAAAUGGAACUGGACACUGGUGCAUCACUUUCAGUAAUCGGAGAGGACAUUUUUUAUCAAUUGAAGAACAUUGAGGGUUCAUCUCUCAAUCUGCAAGAUACCAAGCUAACCUUGAAAACAUACACCGGGGAGACAAUUCCAGUUUUAGGAAAGCUUGUAGUGGAAGUCAAGUACAAGGACUUCUUUGAACACUUGCCAGUUAUAGUUGUACAAGGCAAGGUGCCCAGUCUUUUUGGACGAGAUUGGUUACAACAUGUUAAGUUGUCAUGGCCAGAGAUUUUCCUAGUUCAAGUUGUAUCCCCUGAUGUGUCUGACCUGCUAAAGAAACAUGAAAAUUUAUUCAAGGAAGGACUAGGGACAAUUCAAGGAGUGAAAGCAAAGAUAUACGUUGAUCCUCAAGCCAAACCCAAGUACUUCAAACCUCGCACGUUAGAAUAUGCACGACGUCAGAAGGUAGAGAGAGAAUUGGACCGUUUGUUAGAAGAAGGAACAAUUCGUCCAGUUCAAUUUUCGGAAUGGGCAACACCCAUUGUGCCCAUUGUCAAAUCUGAUGAGUCUAUACGCAUUUGUGGAGACUUCAAAGUUACUUUGAACCAAGUUAGCAAACUUGACAAUUACCCAAUUCCUAAAACAGAGGAUCUGCUAGCUCAACUUGGAGGUGGAGUGCAGUUUACAAAACUAGAUCUGAGUCAAGCUUAUCAACAACUUGAGUUAGAUGAAGAAUCAAAGAAGUACACCACUAUCACCACUCAUAAAGGCCUAUUUGAGUACAAUAGACUGUGCUACGGCAUUGCCUCAGCCCCUGGGAUUUUCCAACGCACAAUGGAAAAUUUACUGCAGGGUAUUCCGAAUGUUGUAGUACGAAUAGAUGAUAUUCUCAUUGCCGGGAAGACAUCAGCAGAUCAUCUCAAAAGUCUAACAGAAGUCCUGUCACGUCUGGACAAAGCUGGCGUCCGUCUUAAACGUUCGAAGUGCAUUUUUCAAGCACCUGAAGUCACUUACCUGGGACACCGCAUAGACAAGAUGGUAUCCACCCCCUUGACGAGAAAAUCAAAGCAAUUCAAGAGUCACCGAGACCUUCUAAUCUGAAAGAACUGCAAGCCUUUUUAGGCAUGCUUAACUAUUACGCUUGUUACAUACCUAACAUCACUACAAUACUAUCUCCUUUACAUCAGCUGUUAGUCAAAGACACACCUUGGAACUGGAGUGAAGCACAUGAAAAA